AUGGAUGAUUUUGAAAUAAAUCUAUCACUUGAGAAUUAUUUAGAAGACGAUAAGGUGUUACAUAAUUUCCCUUUAAAAUAUAUAUAUGUAUUAAUAUAUGCUUACAAAAAUUAUUAUUUUAACAUUUAUUUAAAACAAAAAUGUAAAAAUAAACCGAAUAUAAAUUUGAUUGAAGACCUAGCGAAAAAUGCCAAUGAGGAUAAUGUCUUAGACUUACCUUUGAAUAUAUUAAAAAAACGGUAUAAUUAUAAAAAAAAAAAAAAACGCAUUUUGUUUGAUACGUCUGAAAGCAUAAACAGUAAUUUAAGUUUCGAUGAUAAAAAAUAUAAUGAAGAGGGGUCAAACAAAAAAAAAAAUAAAAAUAGUAGCAUACAUGAUCACACUAACCUCAGUGGCAAUGAAAAUACUACUGAUGAAAAUUCUACAAUAAACCCAAAUAACAAUAAUAACAAUAGUAACAUUUCUGUUAUUCGCAGCAAUGGGAAUAACAACAGUAAUAAUAAUUACCUCGCAAGUAAACGCGAGGAGGUUAAUCCAACAAAUUUGAAAAGUAAAGUUUACGGAUUUAGCAAAUAUUAUGAAAACGGCAAAUAUGGUUUACCAAAAUGGCGGAAAAACUUAAAUUUAGCCAAUAAAAAUGAAAACGUAAAUUAUAAUGAAGAAAAUAACGAUGAUCAAAGUGAAAAUUAUUCUGAACACGACAUAAUUUUUUUGAUACAUUAUUUUAUGCACAAAUUUGUUUUUAAUAAAGAUGGAAAAAAAAAAAUUAAAUUAACGAUGAAACAAAAUUUAAUUGAAAAGUUGGAAAAACUCGAAAAAGAAGCAUUGAAAAUGGAAAGUACUGUUAAAAGUAGUAACAACCAUUCUAGCAACGCAGAAAGUUUCGAUAAAAAUGAUAUUACCGAUGUGUGCAAAAAUAUGGAAAACGGCAGUUUUUAUUAUGAACAAGUCAUAAAAAGUGACGAAAAAGAAGAUGAAAAAAAAAAUAAUAUAAAUAAUAAUGAUACAUAUUCUGAAAAAGAUGAUAAAACUAGCCAUAAUAUUAGCGAAAAUGGAAUUUCACUUCCAGAAAAUUGUAAAUCACCUGAACAUUCAUGUAAUAAAAUAAAAAGUGAUGAUACAUCAUGUUUAGCAUACCAUAAUGAUAUUAAAAUGGUAAUAGAAGAAAGUAAAGACAAUGAUAAUAACACGUGUGUAGAUAUAGGAAUAAUUAAAGAUAAAAAUGAUUGGAUUUUGGAAAAAACAGACCAAUCAGAAAAUAACAAUAUAAGUAACAACGACAUUACAAAUAGUAUUGGAAAUAAAGAUCAUACUAAGCUCGAGAGUAGUAAUAAUUCAAUAAAAUGGGGAUGCGAAGGAGAUAAAGCUUGUGAUAAAACACAUAAUGAAUCUGAAUUAGAAAGUUUUAAUGAAGAAAUGGCCAUGGAAAUUGAAAAGAAAAAAAUAUAUGAAAUAAUUGAAAACUAUUUUUAUAAAAAAAAUAUAUUUUUUAAUGUGAAUGAAAUAUUUUAUCCUUUUAGUGAUCAAAAUGUUGACACACGAAAAAAACGAAAAAAUAAAAAUAAAAAAUUAAAUAAGCCACUCCCAAAUGUUAAUAAGUGUGCAAGUGUAAUUGAGGUAUAUGAUAAUAAAUUAUCUGAACAAAAGCAUAUGAAAAACAAAUCCUUACUUUCAAAAUUGAAAAAAGGUUUGAAUUUAUUAUUAAAACAUGAUAAAACAAGGAAAAAAGGGAAAAAUAAAAAUUUUGAAAAUAGCACAAGUUAUAUGAAUAAUAAUUAUGACGAAAAUCAAAAUUAUCAAUUUAAUGAUUUAAAAAGAAUGGAAAGAAAACUAAAGAGUGGAAGAUAUGGUAAAGAUGAAUAUAAUAAGGAAAGUACUAUUUCAAUGGACAAGCUAAAAAAUAAUCAAGAAAAUUUAAAAGCAAAUGUAUUAAAAAAAUGUCUACUGGAUGUAAUAGAUUAUAGCGAAAUGUGUAUGUUUUCAAACAAUGAUAAUAAAAAUAAUUUUGGACAAUUUUCAAAUAAGACAAAAUUUAAUAUAGGAGGAAAUGAGCCUAUAAUAAAUCCAAACUUACAUGAAAAUAAUAUAAAUCAAACAUAUUUAGAUCAUCAAAAUGAUAUAAAUAAUAAUGAUAAUCGAAGAAAUAAUUAUAAUAAUUUUCAAAACAUAAACAAUAGGAUGAUAAAUGGAAUUGAUCAAAGAUAUGGAAACGAAUUAAAUAAUUCACGGCUUUAUAAUAAUAUAUAUGGAAAUGGUCCAGUAAAUAUGCAAAAUCCAAACAUAGGAGAUAAUAGAAAUAAAGAAAUGCUAGGAAAUUAUAAUGUAAAUACAAAUCCUAUGUUUUAUAAUAAUUCAGGAGAAUAUUUAAAAAAUCAUCAAGCACAUCAUGAUGCUAUUCACAAUAACAAUACCGAUAAUAAUACAAAUUUAUUACAAAAUAGAUCUAACUAUUUAUAUAAUGGAAGAAAUAAUACAAAUAUGGAUAAUAAUAUGUAUAACCAUUCUAUGAUAAAUCCAAAAGAUGCAGAAUUUCAUGAAAAAAAUAAAAAUAUGCAUAUGCAAAAUAUGCCAUAUAACAAUAUAUGGCCUACUAAUAUGUAUGGUAUCCCAAAUAUGAAUGGAGAUACUUCAAAUGGAAAUUCUUUUAUACCGUUAGAUCCUAUGAAUAAUCAAAUUGAAAGAAACUGUAAAACCUCUGGGCUUAAUUAUGAUACCAAUGAUAUGACUCACCUUGGCAAUAAACGAAAUAUUGGAAUAUACAAUGGAAUAGAAAAUGAAAAUCGAAUUAAAUCCGAAAAUAUGAAUUAUCUUAAUAAUAAUAUUCCUCCUCCUUAUAUGUAUAAUAAUUAUCAUAUGCCAAUUAUGGAAGGAGAUGGAAUGGAUGUCAAGUUAAAUCAAAGGGGAUGUAGAAGAGGUCGAGGUAGAGGAAGAAUGACUUCAAGGUUAAAUAAUAAUGACUAUAUUUUAGGAACUAAUAUUGCACCACCAAGAGCAAAACGAGGCAGAAAACCACUAGGAAAACAUCUUGGCCAAAAGGGCUCUAGAGGUCGAAAAAGACACGACGAAAUUAGUAAUAUCCCUGAUCCUAAUAUUUUGAAUGGUGAGAAUGAAGAAAAUAAUGAUGAGAAAAAAAACAAUGAGGAAACAGAUGAAUGUAAUGAUCAGACAUUAAAAUAUCACAAUAAAGAUAAUGACGAUGAUGAUGAUGAAAAUAAUGAAAAUUAUGAACCCGAAAUAAAUGGAUACACAUCUAUAACUCAUACUAAUGUGAAUCCUAAUCAUUCAGAAAAUAACACAAGUACUCAGAAUAAUACGACAAAUGGAAAAGAAAAUAAAGAAACAAGUAAAGAAUGUAGUGAAAAUAAAACAUCAAGUUACUUGGAAAAAGAUGAUAAAAAUUAUCUUUCCAUUCAUAAAGAAAAUGAAAAUAAUAAAAAAAAUCCAAAGAGAUUAAGUAAUAGUGAAAAUGAUAAUAGCAGUAAGGAGAGUAUUCACAAUUAUAAUGUAAAUGAUGAUCAAAUUGGUUUGGAAGAUAUUAAUAAAGACGAAGAAAAUCGAAACCCUCUUUAUAUCUCAAACAGUAGUGAAAAUGAUCUGACAAAAUAUAGAUGCACAAAUAAUGAUGAAACAAUUUUAAAUUUGGAAGAAAAUUUAAAUAUGACAUUGAAUAAUAAAGCAAAAUAUUCUAGCCAUUCUAAUCAUGGUAAUCAUAGUUUGAAUAAAGUUGAAAAAAAAAAAAAUAGCGAUAAUAAUAAAAAUUCAAAAUCAUUUUCACAUGAAUCUAUACAAGAUAGCAAACCAAAUUAUUCACAUAAAAAUGGAUAUGUAUUGAGAAAUGCAUAUAGUUAUAUAAAUAGUGGAUUAGGUGAUAAAUUUGAUGGCUCAAUGACUAAUUUUUAUAAUGAUUCAAAUAAAAAUAAGAAUUUGACAAGCUUUCGAAAUAAUAAAAAUCGGUCUCUUCAAGAAGAUGAAUCAGAUGAACCCACAUUUACAAAAAUGGGAUUGACAUCUGAAAAAGAUACUAAACAAACAAAGAUAAAAAAAACAAGAUCAAACUAUAGUACCGUUUUGGGAGUACCUAAUGCGUCUAAUCUUGCAAGUGAUGGAGAUACAAUUGGAUUCGAAAAAUUUAACAGUCCCAAUAAAAAUAAACUUAUAAAUAAUUAUUCUGCUAAUAAUAAUUCAAGUUAUUUAAAAGGAGGUACUUUAAUUUGUAACAAAAUUAGAGUAUUAAAUAAUGACAGAGAUAAUGAAAGAUUGGAUUUCCAAAUUAAUAAACAAACUUAUAAAGCCGAAUAUGGCAUAGAAGAAAAUAAUAAAAAUAAAGGUGGCACUAAAAUAAAAAAUAAUGCAAAACAAUUGUUUGAAAAUUUAGAAGGGAAGCAAAAAGUACUAAAUAAAAAUCAAGGAACAAAAAGACGAGCAAAUAAAAAUGUAUCGAUCGAAGAUGAUGAAGAUUGUAGUUUAGAUGGAAAUUCUGGAAGAGUUAAAAAAUUAAAAAAUGUUGAUAAACAUGAUAUUUAUUUUGAUGAAGAAAAAUAUGAGCAAGCAAGAUAUCUAACAAAUAAUGAAAUGGAUGGUGACGAUUUAAUUGAUGAAUAUGAAAAUGAAAAAGGAACAAAUGGUCAGACAAUGAAAGUAUGCACAAGAAAAAAAUCAAAUCAAAGGGAACAUAAUGAAAAACAAAUAAAUAUUGAAAUUGAUAAAAGUGAAAGUCGAAACAAAAAAUAUAUUAAUAAUACUUUAUGUAAUAGUAAAGAAUCGUUAUAUGGAAGUCCAAUACAAAAUGAAACAAAUUUAGAUCGAGAAAAUUUUAAUUAUGUUUCAAACAUUACGAGUGUGAAUAAAGAAUUAACAAGUAAUGAAACAGAUCAAAAUAAUCGAGAUUGUAGUAUCGAAAAUUUUAGCCAAUUUGAUGAAAAUUAUGAACUAAUAAAAAGUGAAAGAGUUUUAAGGAAUGAACGAAGUAGACGAAGUUCACUUCAACAUGAUGAUCUAAAAAAAAAACAAAAAAAAAAUGAAUACGAACUAAAUGAUAAUCCUAAUAAACUAAAUAGCUCAAGUAGUUAUAAUUGUACUGAUAUAAAAAGUCAAGAUAAUGAUCAAACUGAUGAAAUUGAAUUUUACAAUAAUGAUAAUAUGUAUACUAUAGAAAAAAAAAAAAUAUUUGAAGAUAAUCAAGGCCACAAAGAAUUAAAUAAAAAUGAUGCCGAUAUUUGUAAUGACGAUGAAAAUGUAAAUGAUAUCAAUGAAAUUGAUUCCAUUAAUAGUAAGAGAAAAGGAAGAAGACCAAAUACUACAAUUUUAAAAACCGAUAAAGUAAACAUAUCUCAAGAUAAAGACUCAAAUAAAAACUUUGAUGAAACAUUCAUUUUAAACAAAGAACUUGACACAACCAAGGUCACUGAUUCAAAAAGACGAACCAAAGCUUCCAAAAGACACCAAGAUUUAAAUUUCAGGGUUGAGAAAAUUGAGACUGGCGCGUAUAAUGAGAAUGGAGAGAAGGUUUCCGGCGUUUGGUACGACACAAACCGAAGACUAUGGCGUGUAAUGUACAUCGAAAACGACAAGCGAAAGACUCGGGGCUUUUCUCCGCGAAUCUACGGAUUCAAUGCUGCAAGAGACAUGGCCGUUCAGCUCAAAUAUGAAAUGAACAAGAAAAAUAAAAAAUAA